GGGAGGCGGCGGCGGACGGCGGGUCGCUGCCCUCCCAUGAGCGCGCGGCGCAGCCCCCGGCGCCCCCUCUCGCCGCUCCUCUGCCUCUGGCUGCUCGCGGCCGCGGCGCGGGGAGGCGCGCAGGCAGGGUCAUGUAGGGAUAAAAAGAACUGUAAGGUGGUCUUUUCCCAGCAGGAACUAAGGAAGCGGCUAACACCCCUGCAGUACCAUGUCACUCAGGAGAAAGGGACCGAAAGUGCCUUCGAAGGAGAAUAUACGCAUCACAAAGAUCCUGGAAUAUAUAAAUGUGUUGUGUGUGGAACUCCAUUGUUCAGGUCAGAAAGCAAGUUUGACUCCGGUUCAGGUUGGCCUUCGUUCCACGAUGUGAUCAGUUCCGAUGCAAUCACAUUCACGGACGACUUUUCCUAUGGGAUGCACAGGGUGGAAACAAGCUGCUCUCAGUGCGGGGCUCACCUCGGGCACAUUUUCGACGACGGCCCUCGUCCCACCGGCAAAAGAUACUGCAUCAACUCGGCGUCCCUGGCGUUCACACCCGCGGGCGGUGGCGCCCAGGGGAGCAGCGGGCCGGGUGGCCCGGCCGCGGGGAGCAGAGCCGAGCUGUAGGCCCGGAGCCCCGGCCCAGGGUCCUCGUGGCGCAGCUGGGUCCAAAGAAAAAUCAGAAAACAACUAAACCAAAAAACAAAACAAAAAGAAAAAAAGAAACAAAACCCCAACAACUCAGAAUUGUCUAUCUUAGAUAUAUUUUUUCAAGAACUCUAAGGGCAGUUUUGUGCUUUAGAUCUUUUUCUUCUUUUUGCUUAGACAGAGGCCUCAGGCGGCCAUGCACCUGGCCACCAGCUAGACCCAGAUGGUUUGUGGCCUCAAUGGUGGCCGUGGUCUGGGGACCCUCUUUCCCAAGCCACUGGAGUGCCGCUUGGCCUGAUUUUCUCUGAGCACGCAGCUUCUUUGGGGAUCCCUCCCCCCACACCCCACCCCUUGCUUCAGAGGCAGAAGGUGCUGGGCUUGGGAUCCCCUGGGGUGGGGGUGGCGGUGGCAGCCCAGCACCCAGAGCAGGGCACCCAGACCUGCGAGACACGAGGCCCGAGGCCCCUGCGCAGGCCUACCUGAGACAAGGGUGGACUCACGUCUUCUGAGACUUCUCAGCUUUGUGGAAAGUUUGAGCUAAGGUCGUUUAUUCUCACUAAAAGGGUGUGAAGGUCUAAAGUCUUUCCUUAUGUUAAAUUGUUGCCAGAUCUGUGGGUCGGAGUGGGGGUGCAGGGGUUGGGGGGGUGCGGUGCACUGAGUGUUGUGGUGGAGAGAAGUAAACAUUACCUCACGGGUAGGCCUUUAUUUUAUUUUAUUUUAUUUUAUUUUCCAUCGAGAACAUUGGAAUGUAGGACAACUGUAAAACGCUGAGCCCCGUUUUUGUCCCAAGUCCACAAAGAACAGCACCUGCCAUUGCCUUUUGUAAGUCGGUCCCUCCGCACCUACUGCCAGCUGCAGCCGGGAGGGCGUUUUGGUAAAUCCCACUGUGUAAAAAGAAAACGUUGGGGACAGCACACCUCAUCAAGGCAGCAGAAAUAAGAGAGCGUGGAGAGGACCAAGGAGGAGGUCCUGGGUAGGAGAAUACCCAGUGCUGAGCAGAAAAGCCCACAAGAUACUACCAGUAAUGACAGACGCAGCCCGAAGCGGGGGACCUGGGGUGUAGAGGUUCGGGUGAGCUCCGGGAGGAUGCUAGGGGUUAAAUGGAAAGACCCAGGAGCUCAAGUCCCACCCCCCCCCACCCCCCGCUGCUGUGUGACAAGGGCCAAGCCAUUGAGCCUCUCCAUGCCUCCUCUUCAUAUAUAAACUGGGACUUGCAUUAUUUAUAAAAUAAUUGACACUCUCAGGGCAAAAUUACUAUAUUGCUGUACAAUUAAGAUUUGUGUUGUAAAAUUAAACUGAUCUGGUUCUAAUUGCCUCAGAGGCUGAAGCCCAAGCAUUUGAAAUGGAAAGAAGCAGAGAGAAGGUUGACUUAGCUGAUUGGUAUGGAAACAGUUGGGCCACGAGCCAGAAAUUUUUCUUUGUAGCAAUAUGGCUGGUUUUACUCUGCGGAGCUCCGCUCAGUUGCUGUGUAACACUUGGCCCUGUGGAACGUGGAACGGCUGUCACUGUGCACAAUAAGGUUUCCACAGGUAGGACCUGCAGUGAUUUAAGAUGAUAUCGCCAGAGCUGGGUUUGAGGGUACGGUUUAUGAUUGAUAGAUAUGGUGUUUGAGGCCUUGAAUGCUAAUCCUGAAAGGCAGUUUUUAAAAAAUAUUGUAAAUCUUUGAAAGCUUAUGAAAACUGACGUCUUUCCUUGUAAGCACCAAGACAAAAAUAAGAAAGAGGGACACUUGACAAUGAGAAACAACGAGAAGUUAAAAUGAAAAGUCACAAAUCAAAGUGGCAGUGUGGUCACGUCCACAUCCUUCCAUGCGUCUACACGUACUUCUGGUGAGGCCCUGAUAAUCCAGUGACUUCACUGUCACGAAUGCUCUCACCUCACAAUGCCGGUAAGUUAUGCUCCUCAUUUCCCAGCUCCCAAGCCUUGUACCUCUAGCCCCGGGGGGUCCCUCUGGAGUUGAGAUGUAAGACCAUUGAGGCCUCGGCACGAGGACCAGGCUAGCAACCCAUGCUGACCUCACAGAGGGAGCCCCAUCAUUUCCCAGAGACCCGAGGAUCCAGUGUGGGAUCCACUAACGAAGGAAGUCUCCAGAGACUUCCCUGACACAGCAUACGUACAUCUGUCCUUUGGGGCACACAGCACUUCUCGCAUUGCUCCAGCUUCUGCCCCGGGGUGUCCUGGACACGAGCCACCGUGUUGGGGUAGACAAGGAAGAUGAAUGAGGAGCUCCUUCCCUCUCCCCAGAGAUUCCAGACUCUCAUUGUUCUCUCGUUUUUAUUAUAGGGCUUAACAUUUCCCUCAAAAAAAACAAAAAAACAAAAAAACAAAAAAACAAAAAAAAAAACCCACUUCAUUUCUAAUCCUUUGUCUUUGUUUCAAGGAAAGCCAGUUUUUCCUCCUACCACAUUUUCCGGCAUCAGCUUUAAGAAAAAUGCAACAUCCAUUGAAAAAAAAAAAAAAAAAAAGCAGGGUAUAUGCAUGUGGUUUAAUUCCAGAUUGCUUUUGAGUUUAAGUGGUAUCAACUUUCAGUAUAUUUCUGUCUUAUGUUAAAGAAAUAUAUUACUAAAACGUUGGUGAGCAAUAAUGUCAGCUGUCGAGCACUAGAUUUAUUUUUGCAGGAUAUGGAGCGCAAUGAACUGCGUCAAUAUGGCAAGGUGUAUGUGAUCUGUGGGAGUUGUGCCAUUUAACAUAGGAAAUGCACGGGACUUUCCCUCUGCACUCAGCCCUUACUGUACCAUUAGGAGAUACAGGUUUCUGCUGGUGUGUAAAACGUCCAUCCGUAUAGUCAUGCCGAAUGGAUCUGAAGAGAGCAGCAGUAUAUAUUCUAUUAGAGAACAUUUCUAUAUGUUUAAACUUCUCACUUCUUAGAUGCAUUAAAAUACUUAAGGCAAAUGACAUAGCAAUUUAAAAGCUUCUCCAUGUUCAUUGAAUUGAAAUGCCUUGCUUUGAAUGUGGAAUAUUAUGAUUAUGAAAGGGAUUAUCGUUUGUUCUGAAGGUCAACUAUUUUUGUCUUUAGAUGGCUUUGUAACACUUUUUCUCCAGAUAACUCGGAACUUUUGAAAAAUGUCAUGAGAUUUUCAUUAAAAGGACCCUUUUCCUAUGUUUAUUGUAUACAGAAAUUAUGCAAUAAAAUUUCUUUAUAAAAAA